AUGGUACGAUUGUGUGCCAUUGAAGAGAGUCUAUCUCGGUUCAGCGUCCGGGUGGAAAUAAAUGAAGCCGCACUCCUCAUAUUUGUAGAUGCCGCGGAGGCACUGCCACGACAAGGAACGAAUGAGAGGCUAUCUGGUGCAAAAGAAAGAUUCUUGCUUGAUUCAAGACCUGACUCUCAGUCUGUCAGGCAGACAUCUACGGGUAUUGCACGCUUUGGGCUCAUCAGGCGCUAA